AUGUCUUGCUUUGCGUUCUUAUCUUGUAAUAAAAGUCAAAGUUUUAAUGACUAGAGCGUUUUGGUUUAUGUCAUUUCCUCAUUUUGAAAAAGGUGCCAGUUUUUCCGAGCUGUUCCUUUCCAGUCAUGGAUGAUGUGAUAUUUUUUCACAGUGUAUGUGUUUGAAAUGUGUUGAAAAUAUUGAAUUAACCUGUACAAAUCAAUGACAUUUGUUCUUUUUCAGAUCCAGAAUGUCGAGUGAUGGGAUUCUGUCAUUUCUAAAAAGUUUUAUUCUGGUAUUUUCCUAUGUAGGAGUGUGAGCAUGGGUGACAUCCUUAACGAGGAAGAAGGAGGACACUUACCUCCACUGAGCCAGUCACGAAAUGAACGCAUGCAUGACCAGUGUAACAUGGAAGAGGACGACCACUGGAGAGACGACUUGGCUCGUUGGAAGAAUCGCCGCCGCAGCGCAUCACAGGAACUGAUUAAGAAAGAGGAGGAGAGGAAGAGGAUGGAGAAAAGGAUGAAGGAGAAAGGAGGUGACAGCAACAAGAGGAAAAGUAUUAAGACCUACAAAGAGAUCGUGGAGGAAAAGGAGCGUCGAGAGUUAGAGUUGUGCGAGGCCUACAGGAGUGCAGCAACUCCAGAGGAGGCCGCCAUGGUUUUACAACGCUACGCUCUCCGCUUUACAAUCAGUGACGCAACACUGGACAGCUUAAAACUGCCUCGAUCCACUUCAAAACCCACACAGGACAUCAGUCUGGUGGAGCACAAGGAGCACACAACAUUACCUGUUAGUGAGACUGAAACAUCAGAUCCUCUGAGGCACAAACCAGACCAGGCUGUUAUAACGGACCAGAGCUGCACAAUACCUGAAGAGAUGGAGACAGAGUCAACUGAUCAACAAGAGACUUCAGAUUCUGCCUCCUCCAGCACCCCGACUCCCAGCAGUCCCCCAACCCCCAUCUUUAACUCAGAAACUGUGCCACCUCGGCCACUCCAGCUCCAUGAACCUCAAACAAAACCUGCCGAUUCUCCAAACGCACAUCAGAAAGUAGUGACUGCAGGACAUGCAAAACACACACCGCCUCAGAUUGCACGAGUGCAGCCGCACACCGCACAGCCUGCACACACACUCCCCUCCCCUCAAUCUGCAUCCCCAAGACCUGUUCCCCUUCUGGCAGCCAAACCCUACUGCCAGCCCAGGAGCACACAGGCUGGACACAAACCUGUAAAGAUGGACGGUUUGGUACGAGUGAACGGAGAGGCGACAGAGGAUUUGUCUACACCCACUCUGCCUACCCCUGCUGCACCUUCCCCACAGGAGAUCAAAGAAGUUCCCUCUAGACAAACUGAGAAAGAUAUUCCCUCCAAGCAGACUGCGACCAGUCAGCAGGCAGUGGAGCAGGUGCCACCUCCUAAGACACCACCUCCACAUACACCACCUGCACAGACACCACUUCAGCAGACACCACUUCAGCAGACACCACCUCCACAGACACCACCUCCUAAGGCACCACCUCCACAAACACCACCUCCACAGACACCACCUCCACAGACACCACUUCAGCAGACACCACCUCCACAGACACCACCUCCUAAGGCACCACCUCCACAGACACCACCUCCACAGACACCACCUCCACAGACACCACUUGAGCAGACACCACCUCUUCAGACACCACCUCAGGUCACACCAUCUCAGGAGACAGCACCUCCUCAAACAGAAAAGACAACCUCGUCUUCGGCUUCUGCCAUCAGCUCCUUGAUCGGAGGCCGAAACUGUAUCAUCACAACAACUAUUGUGACAGAGCUUACGCAGACUGUAGUGGAGCCUCUUCACCUGGAUAGCCAAAGUGAAGGACAGGUCAAUGGUGCGAUGGUGUUUUCUGAGAGACCAGAAGAGGAAAUACAGGCUCAGCAACCUACAUCACAAAACAGUAAUCAAAACUAUUCUCCAACUGUCACAGAGGGACUAGAGGAGAGCAGUGUUUCUAAGCAAUACGAGAAAGAACAGGAGAAGCUAAAGAAGGAGUGGGAGAAGGCACAGAUAGAGGUGAAGGAAGAGGAGAGAAAACAUAAUGAAGAGGAAAGAAGGAUCCUAGAGGAGACUGUGACACCCCUCAAUCCUACAGGCUUGUUAAAUCAGCAGUCAGACCAGACAGGGUCAACUGUAUCAUCUCCAGAAAAGACAGAGAAAAAGGGAAACAAUGUUCCCUUCCAGGUUAACGGCCAAAGAAUCUCCACAGGGAACGAGGAUCAGCAUGCUUCGAAGCUGCAUUUUUUCCAGGAAUCUGUAUGUGAUGGUGCACCGCCAAAGAAACAGGAGCUGUGGAAGACGGCUUCUCUGGACCGAAACCCGCAGCUGAACCAGCCACUGAUUGCUAAAAGGUCUGAAUCACAAGACACUGUAACAAACAAACAGCAGCCCUCCCCUUCAACACAUCAGCCUCCCUCACCCAGCAGGUGUGUAAGUGGGAAGAGACUCUGUUCUGGUUGUUCACAGCCGCUGGGAAAAGGAGCUGCAAUGAUCAUCGAUACACUGGGAUUGUUUUUCCACAUACAAUGUUUCAAGUGUGGGGUGUGUAAAGGGCAGCUGGGCGAUGCCACUGCAGGGACAGAUGUACGGAUUCGAAAUGGACUUCUGAGCUGUCACGAGUGCUACAUAGCAUCUCGGGGCAGAGGUCAGCCCACCACACUAUGAUGAUCCACAUUUCAACUGGAACUGGAACUGGAAGUCACACCAUGGAUGUCUGUGAUUGGUUAUUCUGGAAGCUGGACUCACAUUUCGGGCUCUCGAAAGCUCUGGAAGACUCUGGAAAUCUCUGCAAAGCUUUGGAAUCAUGAUCUUUCUCUAAAAUGCACAAACAGCUUUCUGGAUAUUACUGAGAGUGAAACUGGACUGACACAACAUCAGAUGCACAUACAGUACUGUGUGUGCUUAUUAACUGUACACAUGUAUACACUUCUAUUAAUAUGUGUAGCAUGAAUGUUAUCAAGAAAUCAGUAUGUUUAAUCCUUUGCACAUUCAAACUAAGCACAGUCAAGAAACUAAAAUAAGGAUCUGCUUAAUGUGCUAUGCUAAGUAAACCUCAACAACACAUCUCAAACCACGUCUCAAAAUCUUGACCAUUAACCCCGGCUUCUGCUCUGAUCACGUGACUCCCCUCUCUGAGUGUGACGUAAAGUGGUUUGGGUUUGAUAACCUGAAGUAGCUUGACCAUUAUAAUGCCUUACUCAUCGUCAUACCUUCUCAUUAAUUAUGGGUUUUUGUGUUUACAGUUUUGCAUGAAAGAAGAACAUAUAAAUAAGUUAUUGUGAGUUGUGCUCAGAUGGAAUAGUGUAAGUUUGAUGUAGGUUGUUUUCUGUAACAGCUGAACUUUCCUUGCGUAUGUUGUACAUCAUCAUGAUUUCUAUGAUUUUUUUGGGCAUCUGGCUAACUAACAUAAGCUUUUUUCUUUAUGAUGUCUUUUACAGGAAUGAGAUUGCAUGUUUAUUAUUAUUAUACUUGUUCUUUGGAUUUUAAAUGUUUUCCCUUUAAGAUGUUUUAGCCAUUGUUAAUUCUCAUAGACUGACUGCGACCGAAUACGUGCCUUAUAUAAUGAAUGCUAGGGCUAGGGAAUGUGCAGGAGGAUUUGACACCCACGCAGACCUCUGGGUCUCAGCACAUUGUGUGAGUGCGUGUGUGUGUGUGUGCAGUGGAAUCAUGCAUGAUUAGGUAUGAAUGCAAUGUGUGAUUUUGACUUGAAGCACAGUUCCAUACCAGCAAAAAAACAUUUUUAAUGGAUAAACCUCUCCUGAUCACCUUCUGUUCCCUGUUCUACUCCUUCCCUCUAGCUACACCAAUGACGCUAAGUGAUUUGCUGCUUCCCUGUUAAUUAUUCCUCAUUUAUGACAGUUCACAAUGUCCUCCUAUCUCUCCUUGUUUGCCUCUAUCACAAGUGUUGCCUCCCCAGAGUCUGAGCUGAACGCCUCCCUCCUUCGUGUGUCGUUGCCUCUACCUUGACACCUGACAACAGCUUCAUCACCUAGAGGAAUAGAGCGCUCAGUUCAUUGUAUUUUAUAGCAAGUGUAUGUUUAUCAAUAAAAUAUUUUGAAUGGGA